AUGCGGUUUUCCUGGCAAAGAAGCCGAGGAUCCUGGAGCCUGAUGCUCUCGCUUCUGCUCCUUGCUACCUGGGAAUCUGGGAGCGGCCAGCUCCACUACUCCGUCCCCGAGGAGGCCAAACACGGCACCUUCGUGGGUCGCAUCGCGCAGGACUUGGGGCUGGAGCUGACAGAGCUGGUGCCGCGCCUGUUCCGGGUGGCGUCCAAGGGCGGCGGGGACCUUCUGGAGGUAAAUCUGCAGAAUGGCAUUUUGUUUGUGAAUGGUCGGAUCGACCGGGAGGAGCUGUGCGGGCGCAGCGCGGAGUGCAGCCUGCACCUGGAGGUGAUCGUGGACAGACCGCUGCAGGUGUUCCACGUGGAGGUGGAGGUGAAAGAUAUUAAUGAUAACCCACCAGUAUUUCCUGAAAGGAACAAAAGCAUAAUCAUUGCAGAAUCUAGACCUCCAGAAACGAGAUUUCCACUAGAUGGCGCAUCUGAUGCAGAUAUUGGAGUAAACUCGGCCUUGACUUACCGUCUAGAUCCCAACGAUUAUUUCGCUUUAGACACACCAAACAAGCGUGAGCAAAUGUCUUCAUUGUCACUAGUAUUAAAGAGAACAUUGGACAGAGAGGAAAUUGAGGAGCAUAGUUUAUUAUUGAGAGCCACUGAUGGAGGUAAACCCGAGCUCACCGGCACAGUGCAGCUGCUCAUCACCAUUGCUGAUGUGAAUGACAAUGCCCCAGAAUUUGAUCGACUCAUUUAUAAAGUCAGAGUGCUGGAGAAUGUAUUCAAUGGGACAUUGAUACUCAAACUAAAUGCCACAGAUCCGGAUCAUGGUACAAAUGGAGAUGUAUUCUACGCCUUUAGAAGACCUAUAUCUCCCGCAGUGCUAUAUGCAUUUGACAUAAAUCCCUACAGUGGAGAAAUUAGGACAAAAGGCAGACUGGAUUUUGAAGAAAACACGUUUUAUGAAAUUCCAGUGGAGGCAAUUGAUAAAGGAAACAUUCCAAUGACAGGUCAUUGUACUCUUUUGGUGGAAGUACUAGACAUAAAUGACAAUGCACCAGAGGUAACUAUCACUUCCCUGUCACUCCCUGUCAAAGAAGACACUCAGCCUAAUGCUGUCAUUGCUCUGAUCAGUGUGUCCGACCGUGACUCUGGUGCCAAUGGACAAGUGACCUGUUCCCUAAUGCCCCGCACUCCUUUCAAGCUGGUGUCCACUUUCAAAAAUUACUAUUCAUUGGUGCUGGACAGCGCUCUGGACCGAGAGACCACCUCUGAGUAUAAGGUGGUGGUGACCGCGCGUGACGGGGGCUCGCCUCCGCUGUGGGCCACCGCCAGCGUGUCGGUGGAGGUGGCCGACGUGAACGACAACGCGCCCGUGUUCGCACAGGCCGAGUACACGGUGUUCGUGAAGGAGAACAACGCGCCCGGCUCGCACAUCUUCACGGUGUGGGCGCGCGACGCGGACGCGCAGGAGAACGCGCGCGUGUCGUACUCGCUGGUGGAGCGGCGGGUGGGCGAGCGCGCGCUGUCGAGCUACGUGUCGGUGCACGCGGAGAGCGGCAAGGUGUACGCGCUGCAGCCGCUGGACCACGAGGAGCUGGAGCUGCUGCAGUUCCAGGUGAGCGCGCGCGACGCUGGCGUGCCCGCCCUGGGCAGCAACGUGACUCUGCAGGUGUUCGUGCUGGACGAGAACGACAAUGCGCCUGCGCUGCUGGGGCCUCCCGGCGGCGGCGGCGGCGGCGGCGGCGGCGGCGCGCGCAGCGAAGUGCUGUGGCGCUCGGUGGGCGCUGGCCACGUGGUGACCAAGGUGCGCGCGGUGGACGCGGACUCUGGCUACAACGCGUGGCUGUCGUACGAGCUGCAGCCGGCGGCGGCCGGUGCGCGCAGCCCGUUCCGCGUGGGGCUGUACACGGGCGAGAUCAGCACCACGCGCGCGCUGGACGAGGCGGACGCCGCGAGGCAGCGCCUGUUGGUGCUGGUGAAGGACCAUGGCGAGCCGGCGCUGACGGCCACCGCCACGGUGCUGGUGUCUCUGGUGGACAGCGGCCAAUCGCCCAAGCUGUCUUUGCGUGCAUCGGAGGGCGCCGUGGCUUCGGAGGCGACGCUGGUGGACGUGAACGUGUACCUGAUCAUCGCCAUCUGCGCGGUGUGCAGCCUGCUGGUGCUGACGCUGGUGCUGUACGUGGCGCUGCGGUGCUCUGGGGCGGCUGUGGGGCGGAGCGAGGGCGCGUGCGCGCCUGGGAAGCCUGUGCUGGUGUGCUCCAGCGCGGUGGGGAGUUUGACUUACUCCCAGCAGAGGAGGCAGAAGGUGUGCUCAGCAGUGGUUCCAUCCAAUACGGAUCUCAUGGCCUUCAGCCCUAGUCUUCCUCCUCCUCUGGGUUCAGCAGAAGAACCAUGUCAGAGGGAGGGGCAGGUAGAACGCCCGAAAGAGAUCAUUCAAGUUUAUAUUAUGGAUGAAAAGCUGAGCUCGCGGGUUCUGCUGCAUCAGAAAGCCCCAGACCCCAGUACAUUUGAAAGCGGAUACGAUUGCCCGAGCUUCCCCCCCCUGUCGUCUCAUUUGAAUCUCCGCGGCUCCUCAUUUAAAAAAAGUGUUUCCGAAAUGCCCCAACCCACGGCGGAGAGGCUAGGGAUCCAGCGGGGGAAUGCACCGCAGCCCUCGGUUCUCUGGGGCUCCUGUUUCCUUAAGCCCAGAGGGCGUGGUCGAUCGUGCUCACGGUCCCGCCUCUCGCCUCCGCCCCGCGCUCCUCCGCGGAGUUUCACCCGCUACGCUGGCCACGAUGGGUGGGGAGAAUCUAUGGGUCCGUGCAUUCCGGGCUCCACGUUCUGCUUCCCAUCCCGUCUGGCGCUGGUGGCCAGGGCCGCGGGCGGAGAUGCCAAGGAGCGGCCCGAGGAGACCUGGUUCCCUGCCCCGGCGGUGCACCUCCGCUCUGCGCCCCUAGGCGGCACUGCGCUCCUCCGCGCCGGGCGCUCUCUAAGUUCCCAGACGGCGGCCCAGCCUUCAGUCCAGCAAACCAAGCUUGCAGCCGGCUGGCCAGCCCGAGGUGAUUCCCCGAGAUUCCGGAGGCGGAUCGUCGGCGGCCGCUGCCUUUCUAGCCCUCCUCGGAGCCUGCUGUCGGCCGUGGCGUGUGCUCUCCGGGAGCCCGGAGCAUGGUCCCAGGUUCAUCUCUAG